GUGUUCAUAGGCAUAGCUGAACAACCACACUCUCUUCCCAGAACCGGAAAUAGAAGUAGAAAUAGAAAUAGAAACAGAAACAGACAAAUAAUAAUGUGGCAACAAGCUCUGGUCUGCAACUGCAACUACUUCAGCUCAUCAUCAAAACCUUCUUCACUUCCAGUUCCACUACUAUCAUUAUGUCAGUCUCAUUCCCAAAUAUUGGCCAAACCACCAAGGAGGAGUUUGAACACAACGCCACUCAUCGUCUCCAAUGAUGAUUAUGUGGUUAGGACCAGUACUGUGUGCCACGCGUCACGCCGCAAGACUAACGUUACUGCCACGUCAUCCUCCGAAGACGACGACGACGACGACGACGACGACGACAAUCUAAGGCGCGUGCUGCAAUUCCUUCUGUGGGUUGCUGAGGGAGUUUACAUUCUCUACCUCUUCUUGCUCCCUUACGCCCCGGGAGAUCCUGUAUGGGCCAUCAGUUCAGACACAAUAAACUCUCUUGUUGGACUUUCUCUCAAUUUCUUCUUUAUCUUGCCUCUUAUGAACUCUGUUGGCAUUCGUCUAAUUGAUGCCCCAGUUCUUCAUCCGAUAUCUGAAGGAUUAUUCAAUUUUGUCAUUGGGUGGACGUUCAUGUUUGCUCCUUUGCUUUUCACGGAUCGUAAGAGGGACAGAUACAAGGGGUCUCUGGAUGUCCUAUGGGGCCUGCAGAUGUUCCUCACAAACACAUUCUUAAUACCUUACAUGGCUAUCCGGCUGAAUGAGGCAGAUUCAGACUACCCUCCAAGAGAGCGCUCACAACUUGGAUCUGUGAUGACCAACGGUGCACCCAUUGUUGGACUAAUUGGUGGGGCCAUGUGUCUCAUAUCUGGAUUGUGGGCACUUUUUGGUAGAAUGGAUGGAAAUUUUGGGAGCAUAGGAGAGAGAUGGAACUUCUUGAUCAGCUAUCUAGGAUCUGAGAGGCUGGCUUAUGCGUUCAUUUGGGAUAUAUGCUUUUACAUAAUUUUCCAGCCUUGGUUGAUAGGUGACAACCUUCAAAAUGUUCAGAAAAGCAAGGCUGAGAUUGUAAACUAUCUUAGAUUUGUCCCUGUGGUUGGCUUAAUAGCUUACCUUCUCUGUUUGAAUGUUGAUGAUGAACUGUAGCUAAUGUAAAUAUUGAAUCAGUCUGAAUAUCAGUGAGCUAUAUCACAGAUCGAUUAAAUUUUGUUGACACGUGAAAAACAGUAGAACUACUCUGUGAAAUAAUGAAACUGUUUCGGCCUGAUUUGAUUCAUCAGUCGAUUCCUCGACUGAGAUAUGUAUAUUUACAAUACAAUUGAUUAUGAUUGAGCUUGGAAAUGAGAUGGGAUGAGCCUCACAUUUGCGUGGCCUCUUUAACCAUUCAGAAUGGCAAACACCAGAUAUGAUAUCUCGAAACAACACUAUUUGAUUGUACUAGCAGAACAUGUACAAGCACUUGAUGGUGUGCUACAUUCUGAAAGGUAGGGUAUUGCUAAAUGCUAGCUUAUAUGUAUACAACGAAGAAACAAUAUUAAUACAAGCACUUAGUAAUCAAUUCACGCUUCCAUAAACAGAUAAAGUUGGGCAAAAUUACAGGAAUUGCAACCUGAACAAGCCUGGACAUUGACAUAAUUCAGAAUGAAAUAACACUUGGAAAGAAAAAUAUCAAAUCAGCCUCUCAGAUCCUAGAUAAC